AUGCUUUAUGCCCUCGGAAACUACUUUCAUGAGCGGCGGCGCGGUCUCACCAAGGCGGCGGGGUUCGUAGGUGGCGCGUACAUGGUGGGCCGCUAUGUCUCCCAUCGACUGGACGACGUUCGGAAUUCCAUCCUGCAGGAGAGGGCCGCCCGAGAAAAUCUUCGCAGGAGAUUUGAGCAGAACCAACAGGACAUCUCCUUCACCAUCAUGGCUCUCCUGCCUACCAUUGGAACACACAUUCUAGAAGGCAUGGAUGUGGAACGCGUAAUCCAAGAGCUGCAGUCCUUUUCCAAGGCACCAAAAACACGGAUAGAGCUGCAACAUCCUACGGCACCGUCAGAGUCGAGCGUUGCUUCCAGUGUCGAAAACAUCCGUGCUGCCGAAUCAGACGUGCGCUCCGACAAUGGUUCCGUCUCUGUAAUUUCUUCUAUGGAUGGCGUCCCCACAGAGCUGUCGGCCUCAUCUACAAGCUGGGUCGACCACUUCUCCUCCCAGGAGUCUUCGCAGGUAUAUCCCCGUUCAGCGGAAGGCGGCGUAUCUGCGACGUCAAGUCCCCGAGUGGAUCUUUCGGACUCCAUACUCUCAACAAGUUCUGUGUCGGGUUCGUCUGCUCCCGAACCUAUUGCAUCCAAUACCCAACAUCCCGAUGCGCUCGGCUCUAACACCAGGAGUAAAGCUGAGCUAUGGAAGGAGGUCAAGAUACUCACGUUUACGCGGGCGUUGACCGUGGUCUACUCCCUAACCCUCCUGUCCCUCUUCACCCACAUCCAGCUGAGCAUCCUUGGACGCUCCAAGUAUAUACAGUCGAUGGUUCAGCAGGAGCGCGACGAACGUGUUCGCGAGCAGUUGGAGUACAGUACAUCUGUGUACUCAUUGUUUUGGGGAGACAAGAGUCUAGAAGACCCAGAUACAGACGAGCUCGAAGAGUCCGAGAAUGUGAGCGAGGAGACAGAGCGCAAGUAUCUCACGCUGAGCUGGUGGAUCCUCCAUGUUGGCUGGAAGGAUGUUGGAGAGCGCGUGCGAAGAGGCGUCGAAGAGGUGUUUGAAGGUGUCUCGUUGAAAACCAAGUUGUCUUCUGCAGACCUCCACAGAUUGAUAUGUGACGUCCGACGUCGAGUGGAGUACGAGGUGACGUUCGAGGGCAAGGAACGUCGAAUCAACUUCAUGUCGACGCUUCUUCCACCUACCUCCGAAACACUUCAACAUGUGCUCACGCAGGGUGGGAUUCCCGCGUGGGUCGCGACUGCACACGAUCCAACCUUCGACGCCUUCCUAUCGGAAACCCGCACCCACGUCGCGUCGGGUUCCUUCGAGCACGUGCUAGAGGUAUGCCUCGACAGGGCAACGGAGGUCCUGUUCCGUGGUGUAGAGAAGCAUGUCUUCGGUUCGUACCAGGAGCAAGACGACCUCACCCUCGUCGGCGGACAGGAGCCCCGCGAGCGGCUCGCCGCGAUGCUCCCGGGGUUGGCGAGAUGGUGUCACUUGGCGCUGGAAGGUCUACCCAACGAGCUAGUGGACGUGAGUCUUGUCUUCUCUGCUCGCAAGGCAAAAUUAUGUGAAUAA